UUUCCUCGUUGCGAGGAGACGAGGCGGACGUUCUUGUGGCGCGGAGGACGGUGGAGGACGGCAGCGAUCGACGGUGAGCCAAGCGACGUGGGUCAGCCAGGAGUAGAGAGGCCGUGUGGGCGCCUCCAUCUGGCCUACGCGGCAGCCGCAGUAGUGGAAGAUGGGGGCGAGAUUUCGGCAGCCAGGCGACGCCGCACUUGUGUAUGGUGUUGGUAAUGAGGAGUUCUCGAUUGAGGUUCAUCAUGGGGUUUUCUUUGUUGGGCAUGGCCAUCUCAGAUCAUAUGCUAUGCCUUACCAGCAGGUCAAGAAAUCUUCCAGGUUCAAUCAAAGGAGUUUCAGUAUACAGUGGAUAUCAUAUCUAAGCACUAUGAUUGUAGAAGGUGGGACCUGAUAGGGAUUUCUUGUAACCAUGCAAUAUCUUGUCUGAGGCAUGAGAGAAUCUCACUUGAAACUGUUCUGCUAAACUGCUACUCAACUGAUGCAUUCAAAAGAGUGUAUGAUUUCAACAUAUGGCCCUGUAGUGAUAAGACCAUAUGGGAGAAGGUGGAUGGGCUUGAAGUUCUACCUCCAGUAUAUGAGAAGAGGUUGGCAGACCACCAAAGUCAAGGAGAAAGCAGCCAUAUGAAGUGCAAGGGAAAAGUGGAUCCAAGUUGUCAAAGCAUGGAGUGAUCAUACACUGUAAGCCUUGUGGAGCACCUAAUCACAACUCAGAUGGAUGUCAAGUUCAAGAAGGAUGACAUCAGCUCUGAGGAUGCUAAAAGGAUGGUUGCCAACUUACAAAAAGCACAACUGGAUAACCAAAGGACUGAUGAACCUCAAUGCCAUAAAUCAGGAUGUUAUUGAUCAAGACCUUUCUGGUUCUCAGUUGUUGCCACACCUUAGUAGCACUCAGUUGAGCCAAAUGAUGCAUGAGGAACCUCAGCCUAGCAUGCUCUCUCAACAACAAGGGCCAUUGCCAGAUCCUGAUUUCAUCAUGAGUAACAGACCCAUUGCAAGACCUGCUCCACUUACAACUUGCACCAAGAAAGGCAAAGUUGUUGCUACAAAGAAGAGGAAGGUAGCAAAGAACACUGGAGCUGCAUCUAGCAAGAAGAAGAAGACUGAAGCUAGGAGUGGGAGUGCUUGAUGCAAGACUGAGAAGUUGAUGCAUUUCUUUUGUUGAUGACAGAUAGAACUUCCUUUUGUUCAUGAUACACAGCUGUUUACUUUUUUGCAAGACGGUGGAAUUUAGUCUGUCUUGUCAUAUAUACACUUGUUUAAGGUCAUGUUAGUGAUGCUAAGCAGCACCAGACAAUCUGUGGUGUUAAGUUAUGUAAUGCAUGUACCGGCUAUGAGCACCAAACAAUCUGGAUGCUAAAUUGGGUAGUGCUUAUCCUGGUUAAUGUUCUUCAUUUAUCCUGGUUAGUACUUAUCCAAGGCAAAAGUGUUGUUCAUUCUUGUGUCUCU